AUGAACAGCCAAAUCCCCGUCAUCGUCCUCAAGGAAGGCACAGAUAAUUCUCAAGGUCGCGGGCAGCUCAUUAGCAAUAUCAAUGCUUGCAUUGCCGUGCAAGAUACAAUCCGGACGACCCUCGGUCCACUGGGAGCUGAUAAGCUCAUGGUCGAUGCCCAGGGCCACGUCACUAUCUCCAAUGACGGUGCUACGAUUAUGAAAUUACUGGAUAUCGUGCAUCCUGCUGCCAAGUCGCUUGUGGAUAUUGCUCGUGCACAAGACGCUGAAGUAGGCGAUGGUACGACGUCUGUGGUUGUACUGGCUGGCGAGAUGCUCAGGGAGGUCAAGACAUUCAUUGAAGAUGGUGUGUCGCCGCAAGUCAUCAUUAAGGGAUACCGUAAAGCGAGUCAAUUGGCAGUCAACAAGGUCAAGGAACUCGCAGUCAAAGUGGACAAGCGUGAUCAAGUCAAAUUCAGAGAACUUCUCAUGAAGUGUGCAGCGACUGCCAUGUCAAGUAAAUUGGUUCAUGCGAAUGAGGGGUUCUUCACAAAAAUGGUCGUGGAUGCUGUUUUGUGUCUUGACCAGGAUGACUUGAAUGAAAAUCUGAUUGGCAUCAAAAAAGUACCAGGCGGUGCCAUGCAAGACUCCAUCUUCGUCGAUGGUGUUGCCUUCCAGAAGACCUUCUCCUAUGCUGGCUUUGGCCAACAGCCGAAAUCCUUCAAGCAACCCAAGAUCGCCUGUCUCAAUGUUGAGCUGGAGCUCAAGGCAGAAAAGGACAAUGCAGAGGUUCGCGUUGAGCAAGUCUCUGAAUACGACGCUAUUGUCGAUGCAGAAUGGCAAAUCAUCAUCAACAAACUCGAAUUGCUCGUUCAGUCGGGCGCAAAGAUCAUCCUCUCAAAGUUGCCGAUUGGUGACUUGGCAACGCAAUACUUUGCCGACCGUGACAUCUUUUGCGCUGGUCGUGUGUCUUCUGACGACCUCAACAGAGUGACACAAGCGACAGGUGCUUCCGUACAAUCUACUUGUUCCGAUAUUCGCCCAGAACACCUGGGUUCGUGUGCUUCUUUUGAAGAGCAACAAGUCGGUGGCGAGCGAUACAAUCUAUUUACCGGUUGCAGCACUGCCAAAACGUGCACCCUCAUUUUGCGUGGUGGUGCCGAGCAGUUCAUUGCAGAAGUUGAGCGAUCACUGCAUGAUGCCAUUAUGAUUGUCAAGCGCGCCAUUAAGAAUACAGAAGUCGUUGCAGGUGGUGGUGCCAUUGAAAUGGAGCUGAGUCGAUACCUGCGAGACUACUCCCUCACCUUGGCUGGCAAGCAGCAACUCAUCAUUGGUGCUUUUGCAAAAGCACUUGAAGUCAUUCCAAGGCAAUUGUGUGAUAAUGCCGGCUUUGACGCAACCGAUAUCCUCAACAAGUUGCGUAUGCACCAUGCGCGUGGUGAGAUUUGGGCAGGUGUGGAUAUGGAGACAGAGGGUGUUGCUGACAACUUUGCCAAGUUUGUAUGGGAGCCCACCAGUGUCAAGGUGAAUGCCAUUGCCUCUGCUGCCGAAGCUGCGAUGGUCAUCUUGAGUGUGGAUGAGACCAUCAAGAAUGAACAGUCGCAGCACGCACAGGCACCGAGAGGUGGACUUCCGCCUGGCGCUGCUCAGCGUGCAUUGAGAGCCAGAGGGCGUGGCCGUGGUAUGUGA